AUGUCAGGUCUCAAGAAGAGCGGCGCCAAUUCGCUCAAAGAGUCGGAAAAGAAGAGAAAGCAGGUGUUUAAACCAGUCCUCGACAACCCGCUUACACAGUCAAACGUAUGGCCGUUUGUAGAACCGGAAAUAGGGACAUCGUUGGUGGACCUUCUCCAGCAUUUGCUCACUCCGAUCGGACGAUAUAACGAGGCCAAAAAGCUCCAAAAGGUCAAUGGUUCAAAACUGGAUUCUUCUGUUUCUCUAGAACAGCCUUCGAUACAGAAAGAUAUCACCGUUGGGUUUAACAGUACCGUAAAGGCUCUUGAAGAUCAAGCUCAACAGGGUCGAAAAUCACGAAUAAAAGCGGAAAAUUCCGAUCCUCCACCAAAGUAUAUCCAGUAUGUGUUUGUGGCAAAGUUCGACAUUUCUCUGGCACUUCUUCUCAGCCCGUUUCCAGUUCUAUCGUAUACAGCGUCAUGGUCAGAAGGUAGAAGAGUAAAACUAGUUCAGCUUCCAAAAGGAAGUAUGGCGAAAUUGUCGUCAGCUUUGAAGUUGGAAAACGUUAGUAUAAUAGGAAUAAGGGCCAAUUUGAGCCUGGCUUCGCAUUUGUACGAAUUGGUUGACUCAAACAUUCUGGAUGUCGAAGUCCCUUGGCUCGAAGGGUACUUGACGGGCACGGCCAGCAGCUAUUUCGCACCUCCUUUGGCUAAGGUCUUGGCUACGUCUGCGCCGGUUCAGGCAAAGAAAAAUAACCAGAAGAAGAGAAAGGUGACGAAGAAGAAAAGUGAUGAAGAUGAUGUGACGAAGAAAGAAGAAAGGUGA